UUACUUUCUCAUCUCUAGUCUUUUCAAUUCUUCGUCUAUAUUGCAAGACUCUGUUCCUUUGCGAUUGUUGCACUAGACCGGUAUCGGAAGUGCUUGUACCUGGAUGUGACUGGUCGUAGCUCUCACCAGCUUCAAGACACUAUGCGUUCUCUUCCGUUGUCCAACACGACGCGCCUGUCGAUUGUUAUUGGGAUCUCGCUGUGCUUCUUCAUUGCGGAGAUUUCUGUGGGCUUCUACACGCACUCCUUGGCUCUUAUCGCUGAUGCGUUCCACUACCUCAAUGACCUUAUUGGUUUUGUCGUAGCUCUUAUAGCUAUCCGGGUCUCCAAGCAAGGGAAGUCUCCUAGGGGGUUCUCCUUCGGAUGGCAGCGCGCACAGAUGUUGGGUGCCUUCUUCAACGGCGUCUUUCUGGCAGCUCUGAGUCUCAGCAUCUUUCUUCAAGCCUUAGAGCGAUUCAUUUCGAUUGAGAAGGUCGAGCAUCCGAAGCUUGUGUUGAUCGUCGGGUCGAUUGGACUUGGCUUGAACAUCAUUAGCGUUCUGUUUCUUCAUGGUCAUGGACAUGACCACGGACAUGGACAUGGACAUCCCCACGGGGACACCCCAAACGAAGAUCAGCCAGACAUCCAUCUUUCCAUCAAUGUCUCCGGCGUUGGCAUCCACGCCGACCACGCCCACCAAAACGUCUCCACCAGCCACCACCACCGCGAUCUCGGCAUGAUGGGCGUCCUCAUCCACGUCAUCGGCGACGCCAUCAACAACAUCGGGGUCAUCAUCUCCGCCCUGAUCAUCUGGUUCGUGAAGUCCGAGGCCCGCUACUACGCCGACCCCGCCGUCUCCAUGGCCAUCGCCUUCAUGAUCUUCGCCUCCUGCGUCCCGCUCCUCAACGCCUCCAGCAAGAUCCUCCUGCAAGGCUCCCCCCCCACCAUCGACCUUCCCGCCCUCUCCGCCGACCUCAGCAGCCUCCCCGGCAUCCUGAGCGUCCACGAGCUGCACGUCUGGCGGCUCAACGAGACCAAGACGAUCGCGUCGGUGCACGUGGUAACCAACGACGACAGCCUCGAGCGGUUCAUGGAGCGCGCGACCGAGAUGGGGGAGUGUUUUCAUGCAUGGGGUGUGCAUAGCUGGACGAUGCAGCCGGAACUGGCGAGGAGGAGCAUCUCGGAGACGACGGGGAGUACCGCAGUGGAGGCGAAGAGUACGGAACCCACCGUCUCAGGCGAUGAGCCGCAGGAGGAGGUUAGACAGAGGCAGGCGUCGAGCGAUGAGUCGAUGUGCCGUGUCAAGUGCGCCGAGACAUGCGGAGCGCUGCAGUGCUGUGAUUGAGUUUCGGAGCCCUCUAGAAAUUUGUCCAGAACCUGUACGGGGAUGGGUAGAAAGGGUGUUGUCAAUACCAUUCGAAACUGAAGGUAUAGAUAGACUAUUAGCAUAGUAUGUAUAUCCCACAGUCCAUUGUCUCAUCCGACAACGCCAUUGUAAAUGAGACAUCCGAAGAUACGAUGCAGCCACCCACCAGAGCCUUUGAAACUCCACGCGACCUACUCCCCGCAACCAUCUGACUUGCGAUUCCCACCCGCUGUCUUCGAUCUCCUUCACCACUUUGUUCAGCGCUCCUACCCAUGUCCCGC